CGGAAAACCCGGAAAACUAGCUGGAAGAAAAAUAAACGAUUUUUUGUUACUCAGCCAUAGAAAACCAACUCAAUAUAUUUGACGGGGUUCGGGCAUUUUUCAAUCAAAGCCGCCAGUUGUGCCGGUUCAUUUCACAGUGCUAUAUUAUAAAGAUCAAUUCUAAAGUUGAGGACCAGGAUGGAUGAAGCUAACCUGAAUGAUUAUAUGAUACAGGUGACUUAAUCAAAUAAACAUUUAAUUGACAUCAAUUGUGCUGUGCAUAAAGGACAAGACUAAGAGUGCAUAUGCUGUCUGUGGUGCAUGUUCAGUGUUAUCACUACCAGGCCGAGGCUAUUUCAAUUUGCCUCUAGGAUUGGUUGUCAUGAUCAGAACUGCAGAGUCAGUCAUAGUCUGUUGGAGUCAACUGUUCUUCCCGUAGUCAGAGUUGCCAAAAUCCUACCAACCCUGACUCCGGAGUUUGAGCGCCUUACACUGGUUUGCUCAAUGUCAUGCCCUGCGGCCUGCACCUGUUUGAUUGGUAAUAUUAUGCUUGUUGACCUUUUUGAAAUGAAAAUUUUGUUGAAAAAGGUGAUGCUCCUGUUUUGUAGAAGAUUUUCAGCAAAAGAAGCAGAAGCCUUUGGCAGAGCCUGCUUUAAUUCUGCAUGUUAUUGAAUGUUAAGGCAUAUUACUGCAAUGCAGUAUCUUGGAACGCACAAGGGUGAAAGGAUCGUUUCAGUCAAAAUAAAACAUCCCUGUUAUGACCUUUAUUAUCAUGAUUGGAUUUGAAGAAAAUCAUCUAGAGUCAGAGCUGGAGUUGGAGUCGCAUUCAAUUUUUUUAAGCUUGAGUCAGAGUCAGAGUCACCUAAAAAAUCCAUCAACUCCACGGCCCUGGUCACGAUGAUUGCUGAAAUAAGUACUAUGAAAUGAUAGAUUAUUGAAUACUAUACCUAACCUGGAAGCAAUUCCUCCUUCAUAGUUCAGUUUCUUAGGAAAGAUUCUUAGAAAGUUUGUCUGAUUAAGUUUCUUCAGUUUAACUUUGAAAACUUCUCCAGAAAAUCCAUGGUUUGUGCAAAAAAUGAAUUAUGUGUGGACACUGGAUUCUGCUGGAGCAGGUGAACGCUGCCUUGGCAGCCGCACCAGACAAUGAGGAGCUGCGAGAACUCGCCUCCAGUCUGACUGAGCUGAUUGGUCUGACACAGCUGCAGCACAGCAGCUCUCACCAGACAAGCUCUGUGGAACCGACCUCUGAACAGGGUCUGACUGCCAAUGCCAGGGGUGGUCAGGCGACCUCUUUACAAAACAGUGGACCUGCUCCAACAGAGCCAUCAAGAAGCCUUGAUGAUGAAAUGGCACUAUUCAAGAUGGAGAUUGAGGCGGUGGAGCAGGGGCAGCAGACCGAGCACUCUCCGACCGAGAGCUCGGCAGCCGGAGACGAUGGGCCGUCGCCACCGCCGCCUGGUGGCAGCGCCGAGAACCUCAGUCUGAGGCAGCAGCAGCAGCGGCAUACUGCUGAGCUAAAGUCGAGUCUGGAGCCCAUGGUCGGGACGAGGUGUUCGGCUCCGUUCACCCAGUCGUGGGGCCAGCUGGAGUACCACGCCGCCGUCAUCGAGGCUGUGGAUGACGCCAGUCUGGAGAGCGCCACUACCCCGCAGGAUGUGAUGCUGCGCGUUCUGUUCAGCCACCCGACCCAGAGGGUGAUGCAGCCGUGCCGGUACUACCUGCGCCAUACGUGUAGCUACGGAGACGAGUGCCGCUUCUCACACGGUCACCUCGUGUCCGUGGCGGACAUCAGGGAAUACAGCGACUCGGCGUCAGAGCUCACCGCCGGCAGUGCGGUGCUGGUGCCGCGUGACUCCGACUCGGGCCUGUGGCAGCGCGCUGUGGUGCAGCUGGUGCACACAGACACGGAGGAGGCCACCGUGCGGCCCAUCGGACACCGACACACGCGGCACGUGCCGCUCUCACAGCUGGUACCGCUGGCGGCGGCGGACGGAGCCGUGACGGGAGAUGGCUCUGGCGCCUCCAGCUCCGACAGUGAGACAGAGAGCGAGCCCGGACGGGAACCGGAGCCAGAUCCGGAGCCGGACCCUGAACAGGUCGAGUUCUGCCCCCGACUGACUUGGAACGGCACACUGGGCUCCACCAGCCAGCUCGGCGCCUGGGAAAAGCACACAAAGGGUAUCGGCUCGCGACUGCUGCAGCAGAUGGGUUACGUUGUCGGUACGGGCCUGGGGCCGCAGGCGGACGGCCGGGUGGAGCCAGUCGAGGCGCGGGUCUACCCUGCCGGCAGAUCGCUGGACCACUGCAUGGCGCUACGUGAGGGCUCAGCGGCCGCCGGUCAGUCAUGUCUCCUCACAGUCGAGAAGAGACUGGAGCGCGAUCAGCGGCGACAGCAGAAGAUCGGCGAGAGAGCCUAUCAGCGGAGCAAGGCCCAGAACGCCAUGUUUGACGUCAUUAAUCGGGUGAUGGGCGCAGAGGAAGAUGGUGAGGACGACCGGCCGCCGCGACCCGCCCCGGUGAAGUCCGCCUCCCGGGCCGAGCUGAACCUGCGUGACCUGAAGGUCGGGGAGCAGAUCCGAGCUGCCGAGCGCCAGGUGGCCCGGUUAGAGGCCGGGUGUCGGAGGAACAGCGCCGGAGCCACGGGGGCCGACCUGCGGUCCCGGCUGGCCGACCAGAAGGCGCACCUGGGUAGGUUACGGGCCCAGGAGGCCAGCAUUCACGCGGAGAAGAGGGAGCGGACGACCAGUAAACGGUUAGAUGUGUUCUGAUGGAGGUGGGGUUAGACACGGCUGGGUCCGGCUGGGUGGGGAUACGGGUGAGGGAUGGUUGUUGUUGGAGGCAUCGAACAUCCUUUCUGGGCUGCACAUUCGCCCUCCAUUGUGAUAUGAUGUGGUUUGAACUAGAUUGUAUGCGUAACAUAACGAAUCAUUAUGUUAAGUUACAUUUAUGUAACUGACACAGUGAGAACAGGGCUGAAAUUGUCCUGUUCUUUUUAGUUUUCACCACGUCGUGUAGAUCACCACGUGUAGACCGUUGAUGUUGUUACCAUGCGCUGACACGCAAAUACCCGUGGGAUUUUGCAAGCUCCAUGGUCUUACGAGUGCUGCCUGUAUUCUUCCUAAUGAAAACGAGGAAGGACGGAAGAACUGGAUUCUUCUUUCAUCAUUGGUGUUUAUAUUGCUUUUAUAUUCGACCUCCUAUUGAACGUUCGCCAUUGUAUAAAACGACCAUUAUCUACUCCGCCUGUUGUUUUGCUUUUGCUCGUCUGGGUGUGUGAGGCAAGAAUAUCUUCGUGUAAAAACUAUGCAUGCAGUAGGAUUGUUCAAGUCAGACGUACCACUGUCAAUCGCCGCUCAGUUGUGUAUUUAUUGUCAUGUGAGAAAAAUAUGCGACGAAAACAAGGAA